AUGACUGAUGUCACUAUUACUGGGCUCCACCCGUAUUACACCUACAAAUGUAAUAUCUCGGCAGUAACUGUGGAUAUUGGUCCUUUCAGUGACUAUGUAAAAGCAACAACAUUUGAAGACAGUCCAUCUGCACCACCGGGUCAGGUUAAAGUUAAAGAUGUUGGAAAAAGAAAUGCCACUAUAAAGUGGAAUAAUCCUCGAAUGGAACACCAAAAUGGAAUUAUCCGAAAUUUCAUCAUUUAUGUUACUCCAAGAGAGGUUUGGCUGGAGUCUACCAAAUACACCACACCAUCUCCUCAGCUCCAAUACACGAUUAAUGAUCUUCACCCUUUCUGCAUCUAUACUGUCACAGUCACAGCAGUUACCACAGUGGCAGGACCCAACUCAACUGAUGUUGAUAUACAGACAAUGGAAGACAUUCCAUUAGGUACACCCACAAAUAUGUCUAUCCAGUUACUUUCGUCAGAAAGCCUCUUUGUUUCCUGGCUACCUCCACCAGUAGAAAUGCAAAAUGGCAUCAUACAAUCGUACUCUGUUAGUGUUCAGACAACAGCAGUGGAAAAUGCUACAGUUUUGACUUCCAAAUGGCUCAAUAUCACUAUUGAAUCUCUUCACCCUUACUAUGAAUACCUAGUUGGUGUAGCUGCUGAAACUGUGGGAAUUGGGCCAUUCUCUUAUUGGACCAUUAGUAUGCCUGAGUCAGCACCAUCGGGACCGCCAAAUGUAAUGAUAAAAGAUGUAUCAUCUGAUGAAAUCUCUCUCAGUUGGAUUGCUCCACAAACGGAUGCCCAAAAUGGAGUUGUUUAUGGUUACACUGUAGAGUUUUCCAAUAAUAAAGGAAAUGACAGUGUAUCAUUUAUCAUCAAUUCAACAGAAUAUAGUAUAGCUGCGGUUCCACAUACAAGGUAUCAGAUGAGAGUUGCUGCUAGGAAUUCAGCUGGAAAAGGCCCAUUUAGUACAUACUUGACUGUGGAUACUCUACAAGAUGGUAUAUACAUGCAGUUCUAUUCCUUAACUGUUCAUCAUUUGUUGUUGUUAAAUGCAGCACCCUCUUUUAGGCCACUUUCCUUCAAAGCUGUGAAUACCACAUCCACUUCAAUCCACCUAGAGUGGGAGGCACCUCCUCCAGAACAUCACAAUGGAAUAAUUAGAUCCUAUACCGUACUGUGCAGUGAAAGGGACUCAAAUGACAGCAUGAUGGAACUCAGUACCAGUAUAAGGGAAGUAACUGUUAAAGAACUGUCUCCAUUUCUUACAUACAGUUGUAAAGUAUCGGCUGUUAGUGUGAGUCAAGGGCCUUACAGUGAUUCUCUUGAUAUCACUACACUCGAGGAUGGUAAGUUCUGCAACUCCCUUACUGUUCCUACUAAAACUUCACAGUGGAAUGGUGUUUUACAAUAUUACAUUGUCUACAUCACACAAAUUUCUUCUUCAAAUACGAUACUCCGUGCUCUGCACACAAACACCUCGUCUACAAACUUCACAAUCACUGACCUUCACCCCUACACCUUCUACCAGAUCAAAGUGGGUGCAGUUACAAUAGCACCAGGACCAAAUUCAACAGCUGAGUUAAUUAAGACUGCAGAGGAUAUUCCUUCAGCACCACCACAAGACAUUACUGUUAAUCCAAUUUCAUCUAACAGUAUUUCAGUAACAUGGAGGGCUCCACCACAGGAAAAACAAAAUGGAGAUCUCCGCUACUACAGUAUUACAGUACUCGAAGUAGCUACUGGUGAUAUGAGUUGGUACAAUACAACAGAUAGUAUAACUCAUUCGAUUAUAUCAUCUCUGCACCCAUACUAUGUCUAUGAAAUCAAAGUUGCUGCAGUAACAGUUGGUCUUGGACAAUUUAGUGACCAUGUGUCAGUUCUUAUGCCAGAAGAAGCUGCAUCCCGUCCCCUGCCAGACACCAACAAUUCCAAAAUUGUUAUUAAUCUGUGGCAACCAGGACCGGAUGAACUUCAUGGCAGUAGAGUUUAUCAUUAUGUUGCAACUGUAGUAGACACACCAAUUUCUGGCAACACUACAAAUGUCACAUCACAACAAUUAGUUAACAUUGGCUCCCUCAAACCUGGCAGAACUUAUGCUUGUUCAGUUGCUGGAGAGACAGAGUCACAAGGCCCAGUCUCUCAAUCCUUCUCCACUACUAAAAUUGAGGUUCCUGGAGCUGUGCAGUCUCUAACUGCACUUGCUGUCUUCUCCUCGCUUGGUGAAUAUUUCUUGGCAACCUCCAACUGAUGUAGAUAUGCCAAUUAUCGACUACUAUGUCAAUGUGACAGAGUUUGGAGCAUUGAAUGGUGAAAACUAUGUGACAGCAUCAACAUCAAUUCUGAUAGCAUCGCUGCAUCCUAAUUACUUAUACAAAAGCUUAGUGGUCUUCAAAGCCAACUUUGGUCUAGGACCCUCUUCUGAAUUAUUUUUUCAACUUCCUGAGGAUGUACCUUCAGAUUAUCCUCAGAACAUCACUGCUGUGCCAUAUGAUCCAUUUACACUGCAUCUCCAGUGGAACCCACCACCUGUGGAAGAGAAAAAUGGGAAGUUGAUAGGUUAUGGAAUAAAUAUUGAGAACUUGAAAACACACCAUGUUUCACAAUAUUACCCCAGCAGUCAACAGAAGUCAUUUGUUGUGCAUAAUAUGCACUCACAUACUGUUUAUACGUAUGCAAUGACAGCUUUUACAGCAGUAGGGAAUGGACCAUACUCACCAAUUACAUGAAGUGAUGCACAGUCAGAUGAGAAAUCACCGUUGAGUGCUCUGUCCCAUGUUCUGGUCCCUGGAGAUAGGGUCGACAUGUGCGCUGGUCAUUGGUCUCCUCACCUGUGAAUAGCUACCAAAUAAAAUAGAACACGACCUAAUAGUUCGUGCUUCUGACGAAAACUGUACACACCAUAACACCUCGGGUUCUGAUGCGAAAGUACUGCUAACUUCUCUUUCAUCCUAAUACUAAAACUAGACCUCCUGAGUUGCUGCGUGGCUGCAUUACUGGUCGAUAUCAGACACCAUAUAUAUUUCCAAACAACAACUUAGGUAUAUCCAAUUUUUGUAGGAUAUGAUGUUUAGUUUACAAAUCUUUCAUCUGGACACAGAAGAAACAGAAAAGGCAGUAGUCCUCUAUUUUCAAUUCGAUAAGCAUUUCGUUGGAAACACCACAAUUACUUACUUCUGUGGCAGCAACAAGCUGUACUGUUACACAAACACAUCCUCAUCAGCCUUUCCUCGCAUGCUACUCUGCUACUGUUUAUUACUGUCCGUAGCGCCAAGGACCCUCAAGGCUUAAAAGGGAGGUGAUCAUCCAAAUUGAGUUACCACCAGCUGCUUCCAUGGUCCCCCUCAAAUGUAUCGCAGUGGCUUGAUUCCAGACACUUACUCUCGUUGCUGCCUUCAAGAGAGGAAGAAGAGAAAUGACAAAUCAGCUGAUUUGGUAACCUGACAGUUAUACAGUGGAAAAAUCAUGCAGUUUCUCACAGAAGGCUUAUUUCAAUCAUCUGUACAUUUCUGAACCUCCAUCCUAUUAUUUCCUCCUACCUACAGCAUAUUACAAAAAUGCCACAGGAUGGUAACUGACCUAAAAACAUUACAGCCUUAUUGACAUUUUUCUAUAAGAGGCUGCAAAAACUAACUGUGGGUUUGGGACCAUUCUCAAAUACAACAACGUCUUUAGUCUCCUCAGUGUGUAAGACUAAUAAUUAAUGUAUGGUUCUGAAUUAUGAUUCUAACCAGCUCCAGCUAAGGUUAGGCACAAAGGUUUUUAUCAGCUACUCAAUUCCAGGUGUCCUGGCAAUUGCUUACAUUUGCAGGGAAAAAAUUUCUUUUAUCAUUAAUACUGACUACCUACCCCCAUCAACACAUGCUCAUAUGAUGCGCAUAGGCACAUUCUUAACACCACUGAAAAUUCAACAUGAUAGAAAACCUCCAUCCCCCUUUUUUAUAACAUUAGCAGUGGCGUACUUAUACCCGUUCUACAGAGGAAACUUCAGUGUGUCCAACAACAUUCCUUUUCAAUUCAUAUUACAUGGAGCAGUUGACUGCCAGAGUGGUUAACCUAACAUUGAUUCCAAGAUGAGAUCUGCAAAUCUGAAUUGUCAAGAAUUAGGAUAGGACUGCAAAUGCCACUCCCUUUGAUUAUCCCUUGUUGUAUACCACACUGCCUUCUUCUCACAGGAACUGAUUGGCUCAUUUUAAUGGGCAGGAUUGUGGAAGCUCCAUCACUGUCUCCUGCUUCACUAUUGUAGUUGUCUUCAAACGGGGAGCAGUGGUGGAUCCUAUCCAAGUUUGAAGGAGUAACGUUGACACAUAAAAAACUGCUCAGUUAGCAAUGAAUGUAAGUAAGCGUCCCUACUUCUAAACAUUAACAUAGCUCCCUUAACACAAUGACUUUGUCUUAGAAUGUGAACGUUGUGUGUAGAAUCGUAUGUAUAUACACUGUGGACAUGGAGUAAUUAA